AUGGACGGCACCAAGUUAAAACAAGUGCGACGUUUGAAAAACUUAUUGCUCAGACAGAUCCUUUGUCGACGCACUACUUACGAAGAAUACCAUAUUUUACGUGCGUUAUACAAUUCACUUAACGACAAUUUAUCCUCACAUCCAAUCCUUGUUGAAGACAAAUUUGAAGAAGUUUUUGGCUACUUGAGAAUAAUUCACGAGAAUAAAGACAUUUGGUGCAAAUUAGCGCAAUUGUCCGAACUUUCUCAAAGCAUACCUGAAGGAUCUUCUCAAACUAAUGUCAGCAUCGAUUUUAACUCGCAACCACGCACAUCAGACUCUCCACAGACAUCGCAGCCUCCUCGUAGAGGAAAAGCUCGUAAGAAAAUUACUCAUACACCGUAUAGUAAACCAGCGAAACAAAUUUCAGAUUCAAAUGCUCCAUUUUGCACUUAUGGAAGAAAGCUGCCGGCAGAUUUUAAUCAGUAUUAUCAAACGUUUUCCUUGAAAGAGAGUGAGGAUCAUAGAAAUACAGCUUUGCAAAUGUCAAGUGGCACGCACACGCUUACAAGUAUAACUGAAACUGAAGAACUCUCUAUUCCGGACACCAUGUCAACAAUUAACAAUAGCUGUGCUUCAACGGUCAUUACCAGAUUUUCACCAGGAAGUAUGAGCACGCAUACACCAGAUAGAGGGUCAACAGCUAACAGUGACUGUACUAUCGCCGGACUUUCAGUCAAUGGGAGCACGAUCACACUUAGUGGAUAUCCGAUCAGCGAGUCACCAAGAAGUAUGAGCACAGAUAGAGGGUCAACAAUUAACAGUGACUGUACUAUCGCCGGACUCUCAGUCAAUGGAAACACGAUCACACUUGGUGGAUAUCCGAUCAGUGAGUCACCAAGAAGUAUGAGCACGCAUACGUCAGAUAGAGGGUCGACAAGUAGCGGUGACAGUACCGUCGCCCCAAUCAAUAGCAUUUCAUCAACCAUGAUCACUUACUGCAAGUCGCCAAGAAGUAUGAGCUACAGUAUCGUGGAGCCCACAGCAUCAAAUACUUUGUCAUCGGAUGUUCUUACUUACAACAAUGUUUGA